AUGUCUAAGUUAACAGGGCAAUUUAGGAACACAGCUUGGGACCCAACUUUAAUAAUAUCCCAAAUUAUUGCUCUACAGAGUGUAUAUUACUUAACACUCGGAGUUUGGUUAGUAGCAUUAGACUUCAUAGUUGGGACUUCUAGGUCUUUAGAUCAUAUUUUUAAGUAUCAGGAAAUUCAAGUUCGAGAUGUUACUGGUAAGCUGGUCAUUGUGUCAUAUGUGCUCAACUCUUUAACUGGUUCUGUUGGGCUUUGGUGGUUAGUGCAGAGAACCAAGUUGUGUUUGGAUUUUUCUUGUACUGCUCAUUUCAUGCAUUUAAUUUUUUGCUGGAUGUAUAAUGGUUACUUUCCAAAUACUUUGUCUUGGUGGUUGUUAAAUCUAGCUUGUGCUACGAUAAUGUGUAUAUGUGGUGAAUUUCUGUGUAUGCGAACUGAACUUAAGGCGAUACCCCUUAAUGUGCCACCCAAAGUUGAUCUGUGA